UAUUGAUGUCCUACGUGCUGAGGCCAAACUCCCUGUAGGCUUGCUUAAAGUUGUCAUAGGAUAAAGCGACUCCAUGAUAAUAUAAUAGGUACAUAUUUUAAUGUCACAUUUUCUGCAUAAGACAACAAGGAUAUACCUUAUGCUUUUUUAUUACACCCUUGGAGGUCAACGGGGGGGGGGAGGUAGGAAUAUGGGGUUACAGGGGCGGGGAUGGUGGUGCUACCUCCCUGAAAUGAGUUUUUGCAGGGUGGGAUGUCCGUAGAUGGGACUAGGCGGACAAGGCCAAGAUAGGCCAAAGGGCCUCUGUGCUGUAGUGCUCUAUCACCCUGAUUAAAUAGUCCAGUAUUAAGCGGUUAAUAAGAGAAACCUCUCGCCCAUGAGACAGCAUAACGUCCUAAACACGGAAGAAAUAUCUGACUGAAUGUACAAUAAUGCAAUUAAAUAUCUUGAUUAAAUUUGUACUCUAGUGGAAUAUAAAACUGCACACUUUUCCCCGGAUUUCCGUUUACCGAUUCCUUUCUAGUUACAGCUUCGCUACCACGCAGCGAGGCGAGACUCGCUCAGAGACGCUGUCAGUCGGCACGGAGCUGCGGAGCUGCGGAGCGGGGAGUGGUUACGGCUCGGGAAGCGAUUCAUGUGACUCCGGCUUCGAAAGCGGGAACCUGUGCUGAGCCCGACGUUGGUGUCUGAAGGAUGGACAGCAGGCUAUGGGGCUUCGUAUGUUUCUGGUUGGCUCUGCAGCAAGUUUCCCUGGCGGUCAGGCAGCAGACGUGGCCAGUCCCUUACAGACGUUUUGAUCAUCGGCCCACACCUGAUCCAUUCUGCCAAGCCAAAUAUCCCUUCUGUCCUACAGGGUCAGCUGAUGGUGAGAUUCCUCCAAUGAAAGACCAGGAUAUCAUUGAAGUUUAUCGGCUUCAGACUCCUGUCUGGGAGUUCAAAUACGGGGACCUUCUAGGACAUUUUCAUAUUAUGCACGAUGCAAUUGGCUUCAGGAGCACCUUGACGGAUAAAAACUACACAAUGGAGUGGUAUGAGCUCUUCCAGCUUGGAAAUUGCACUUUCCCACAUCUUCGACCUGGCAUAGUUGCUCCUUUCUGGUGCAAUCAAGGUGCUGCCUGCUUCUUUGAGGGAAUAGAUGAUCUACAUUGGAAAGAAAAUGGGUCCUUGGUGAAAGUUUCUGAAGUAACAGGUGAAAUAUUUAACAAGCUGGCCAAGUGGGUAAAGGAAGACAACAGAACUGGUAUUUACUAUGAGACGUGGACCGUUCAAGCUGAUCCCAAUCCAGGCACCAAAGUGUGGUUUGAAUCUUACGACUGUACGGCAUUUGUGUUGAGAACUUACCAGGUAUUAUCAAAGUUAGGUGCUGCAUUCAAGAGCCCAGUACAGACUAAUUAUACCAGAAUAUUUCUGUACAGUGGUGAACCUACCUACCUAGGCAAUGACAGCUCCAUAUUUGGGCCACUGGGCAACAAGACAUUAGCAGAAAAAAUUGCUUCCUUUUAUUUUCCAUUUAAACCACCGCAUUCAGCAAAAGACUUUGUAUUAAGUCUUUUGGAAAUCAUUGAUAAAGUCAUAAUACAGAAGACUUUUUACCUUUAUUUUAACUAUGAAUAUUGGUACUUGCCAAUCAAAGAACCCUAUAUUAAAAUAACAUACGAAGAAAUUCCUUUGCCUUCUAAACCGAAAUGCCUAUGAGUAAAAUUAAUGCAAAAAAUUUACUCAUCUGAAAUUCUUGGCUUGUUUUUGCAAAACCCUGUGUGCAGAAGUUAAGUGAUAUUUUUUAUUCAUUUUACUUAAUGUCAGCAGACACGUAGACAGCAGUAAGCUGCACUUCAGAGAUGAAGAACAUUAAUUGGCUGUAAUAUAAUAGGCAUUUAGAAAUAAUGCCAAUGAAAUAAUUAUUAUGUUUCCCCAGUGUUGACUUAUAAAUGCAUAGAAAAGGCAGCUAAGGUUGUUGAGUUCUUAUUAAGCAACUGAUAAUGAAUUAGUUAGUGAGACUGGAGUCAGUGUGGUUUGAGCCAUGGGACUCGGAAGAGGAAGGAAAAUAUGCACUGGGGGAAGAUGAGAUGGGGAUAGAUAGAAUAUUGACCCCAAAACGCACAGUGCUAUAAAAUUCAUUGUCUGCCUUUGACCUGACACUGACAUAAUUAUUUUGGAUUAACGUCUUAAGUACAAUUAAUGUCCUUCCUUAUGAGCUUUUUGUUAGGCCAUUUUAGAGGACAAUUUAGAAUCAAUUAAAUUGGUGGAUCUUAGUCACAGGUGAGCUAGACAAAGAAUGGCAGGUGUUUUUUUUCCCCUGAAAGAUAUUAGUAAACCAGGAUUUUCAUCUGCACAUUAGUUUCACUGCAUCGUUACUACUGUCUCCUUUCAUUUUAAAUUGACUUAAUUGCUUGACAAAUGCUGUGAUGGGAUUCAAACUUGUCUUCUGAUCAAUAAUCCAGGCAUCUGAAUAAAUAUUCCAGUAACUUGACCAUUCAAAGCCACAUUUGUUUUCCUUCCCUUUGCAGUAUGUUGAACACUUUCAAUUUACAUUUAUAUUAUCCUUUGGUUGAACUUCAGGUAGAACUUACAAAGUUCUCCAGGACUAAUCAGAUAACAGUUCCUCCACAAAUUCAGACACUAAUGUUGUGAAACUGGAUUGAUGUCUACACAAAUGAGUAUCACAAAUUCCUUUGCUGUUCAAGGAACAGAAUGAAUAUUUUCUUUAAGUCAGAAGCAUUUUCAUAUAUAAAUAGUCUUAGUGGGACCUUUUGAAUAAUCAUCAUCCCAUAUUUUGCAUAAAUGUGCUACAAGAGCUCCAAGGAACUGAAUUAGCCAGUGAUAUUUAAUGACAGGAAGAACUGUAAUUUAUCUCCUCACUCACCUUUCUUACCUAAUGAGAACUGGCAUUAUGAGAAACCUGCACAUGGCAGGUACAUGGCACAGUGCCAGUCCACCUAGCCAGCUGUUGCUAAAUUAUGCAUAUUCUUCUGUUUGCUCAGUUGUUUUAUGACACGGUGCUGAAAGAGUAUUUAAUUCAGCAGCAAAUAUCAUUCAUCUGAUCAGUGUUAACCUGUAAAUAUUUCAAGAAACAAUGUUUGUUGUAUGAAGUCAUUUUAUGUAGAGUUUUGCCGAAUAAUUGUAAAGGGGGAGGCCUGGGGUGAGGAAAAACGUUCAAGUGAAAUUCCCAACAAAAUAUAGAGACCUAACUGCAAAAUGAAACUCUUCUAUCUCUGGUGAUCUUUAUUGCAAACCAGAACAGUUGAUGUUUCUUCUUGCAGUUUGUGAAUACCCUCGGCCCAAUGGACCAUGGACACUCAGUCACAAUAGUUGAAUAGUAUAUUGUGAGUGCUUUUGUCCCUUUUGCUAGAGGGGGCUGGAGGUCAUCUGGAGAAGUAUCAGGUCCUCCUUUGAGUCUAAAGGUCCAGCAGAAUACAUAGGGGAUCUCAACUAAUGAAUCUGUGUGUGCAAGCUCAUUGCCUGUGGCAUGCCUCAGUCUUGCAGAGCUUCCAAUACACUUCACCAAACUUCGAAUGUUUAUUAUGCUUUGUAAUGUUUAAUAACAGGAUCUUUAUUUGAUGAACUGUUCAAUGAAGAUGCAAUUUAAAGCAUAUUUAAAUAAAAUCAGCUCUCUGUGCAAAUACUAG